AUGGCCCCCACGCGUUUCGAGCCGUCGUCGAUCCGCAACAAGAUCAAACGCGAGGAGAUCGCUCGCAAGUCCAAGCGCUCCAAAAACCAGGAAAAGCUCAAACGCCGCCUCGCACAGGCAAAGGAAGAGGCAAACGAUCCUGCCGCCAAAAAGAAACGCCUCGCCGAAAAUGUGCCCCGCACCCUCGACAACACCCGCGAAUUCGACCCCUCCAUCCUGACCGCAGAUCCCUCCCUUCCCUCCACAUCCACCACAUCCGCCCACGACGAGGCCGCUGCAGACAUCGCCGCAGACCCCUUCGCCGACUACUUCUCCUCCCCCGCAGACCCCGCCACGCCCCCCAAGGUCCUCAUCACCACCUCCCCCACCGCCUCCAAGCGCACCUACGCCUUCGCAGACGAGCUCGUCGGCGUCUUCCCUGGCGCACACUUUGUCCGCCGCAAGAAAGGCAAGGGCUUCGAGCUCGGUCGCAUCGCAGGCUGGGCUGCAGACCGCGGCUACAAGCACCUCUGCGUCAUCAACGAGGAUAUGAAGAAACCCAACGCGAUAACACUCGUACACCUCCCGCACGGGCCCACCGCCUACUUCAAGCUCACAUCCAUCCAGCUCACCCGCGAAAUAUUCGGCCAUGGUCGCGCCACACCACACCACCCCGAGCUCAUCCUCUCCGGCCUCGCCACGCGCCUCGGCCACGCCGUCGGCCGCCUCUUCCAGACCCUCUUCCCCCCGCUCCCCGAGUUCCGCGGCCGCCAGGUCGCCACCCUUCACAACCAGCGCGACUUCCUCUUCUUCCGGCGCCAUCGCUACGCAUUCCGCACGACAGAAAAAGUCGCCCUGCAGGAGAUCGGCCCGCGCUUCACGCUCAAGCUGCGCUCCCUCCGGCGCGAUAUCCCCGCCGUGACGCGGUUCGGGGACGCGCCGCGCGAGAUGGGGUUUGAUGUUGGUGUCGAUGAGGGAGGGGAGGGGGAGGGAGAUGCACUUGGAACGACCUUGGAUGAGGAGGCAGUAGAUCAGGAGGAAGUAGGGGAUGAAGCCGCACAAGGCAUACAAAAUGACGAGCCCAUGAACGAGAUGGAUGACAUCGACACGGAGGACAAAUCCAGUAAUGAAAACGGAGGCGCGGACAAGAAGCAGAAGCAGAAGGUCCCCCCGAAACAGGACGAGUUCCUCUGGCAGUGGAAGCCCGAGCUCGAGACGACGCGGCGCACCUUCUUCCUCUAA